GUCAAGUUGCGUCUUUUUUCCUAGCACGAAUCGAACAAGCCAACAUAAAAUAUAUCAUGACACGCGGUUGAAACUUUUAUUUAAUUGUAUUCUAACGUAACUAUCAGCACAACUUCAAAGUGUACUUUAAGCAGCGUAUUAAAGUAUUACAUAUAUCGGUCCUGCCUUGCCUUGACAUCAGGCGUGACUCGUGACGUAACGCCAUGACGCAUUGGUCUCAUAGGUAAAAUGGUAUAAUGAUAGUGAUUUAAGGAUGACGUGAUUCAUUAAUGACUUAUAUGAAUAAUAAUAAAUCAUAUUUGUAAUAGAAAUACACAUUUUCUUUACUUUGACUUUGACAGUACCGUAAUCUCUCCGGCCAUUUAUUCGGUUGGUUACGGUUUCACCGUGCGGCUACAAGCAGUGAUGUUCACGGUAGGUUUCUUAUCUAUUCCAUGCACUACGGUAAUAUUAUAUAAGGCUGAAUUGGCCCCGUAUAGCUUUGACUGCUGCCCAUCUGCUCGCACCGAGUGCCGUGUACGCAAGACUGUCCGCUCGGACGGGUUUAUUGUAGGAUAACGUCUCGUUCCUUUUUACAUUUUGUAAUUUUGCAGGAAUCGUUUAUUUAACAAGGGAUCCGAACGGAAGGAUGAGCUCGAUCAACGUGAAAAAGCUGAAAGUGAACGAGUUGAAGGACGAGCUGAAGAAGAGGAAUCUGUCUGAUAAAGGGCUCAAGGCCGAUCUGAUGUCCCGUCUUCAAGCCGUUCUGGAUCAAGAGGAGCUGUCCAGGACCAAUGGUGCUGAAAGAGAGGAUGCGGAUAAAGGCGGCCCUGGUUACACGGGCGAUGAAGACCUGGUUGGGGAGAGCAUGGAGGCCGAUGAGGAGGAUGGAGAUGACGCGGAAGCAGAGGAGCAUCAGGAUGAUGACAUGUUGGAUGAGGAGGACGCGGGGGUAGAGAUGGAUAACUCGGACGAGGAUGCGCUCCUCAAAGAAGAUGAUGAUGAUGAAGAGAUGGAGAAAUUUGACGUGGAUGAUGUGGCUGUCUCUGGAGAGGGAGAUGCGGACAAACACGAGAGUGAUGAACAGAAGAAUAAGAAGGGUGUAAAGAGACGUCGAGAUGAACAUGGAAGGGGCUACUUUGAGUUUAUUGAAGAAAGCAAAUACAGCCGGGCAAAGUCACCUCAACCUCCACUGGAGGAGGAAGAUGAAGAGUUUGAUGACACCACUGUAUGUCUGGACACCUACAACUGCGACUUGCACUUCAAAGUGUCUCGGGAUCGAUACAGCGCCUCCUCUCUCACUAUGGAGAGCUUUGCCUACCUGUGGGCCGGAGGACGGGCGUCUUACGGUGUGGCCAAGGGCAAGGCCUGCUUUGAAAUGAAGAUUAUCGAGAAGAUACCCGUCAAACACAUUUCGAGUAAAGGAAUCGAGAUUCAUGAUGUCCUGGUGGGCUGGUCACUGGCGAACAGCUCCCUUCUGCUAGGAGAGGACCCCAAUUCUUAUGCCUUUUCUACUAAGGCUAAGAAAACCAACAACUGUGUGACGGAAGAUUUUGGAGAGGCAUUUGAUGAGAACGAUGUUGUUGGUUGCUUUAUAAACUUUGAUGGUCCAGAUGUUGAGAUUUCCUUCUCUAAGAACGGACAAGAUCUAGGAUGUGCUUUUAAAGUCAGUAAAGAGGAGCUUGAUGGAGAGGCGCUGUUACCUCAUGUGCUCUGCCAUAACUGUGCAGUUGAGUUCAACUUCGGUCAGCGAGAAACACCUUUCUUUCCUCAACCUGACGGCUUCACAUUCCUGCAGAACAUUCCUGUUUGUGAUCGUGUCAGAGGACCAAAGGGACCCGAGACCAAAGAAGACUGUGAGGUCGUAGUCAUGGUUGGACUGCCUGGAUCAGGAAAGACAGAAUGGGUUACAAAGCACACACAAGCCAACCCUGGAAAAUAUAACAUCAUUGGAACCAACACCAUCAUAGAGAAAAUGAUGAUUUCCAGUCUGAAGCGGCAGAUGAAAGACGUCAUAAAAAUCACAGCAAUAUCUCAGCGUGCUCCGCUCUUCCUUGGGAAGUUUAUUGAGAUUGCAGCACGAAAGAAACGCAAUUACAUUCUUGACCAGACUAAUGUAUCAGCACCAGCCCAAAGAAGGAAAAUGUGCCUGUUUGCUAGCUUCCAGCGGAAAGCUGUGGUCGUCUGUCCGACCGAUGAGGCGUACAUACAGAGAACCCAGAAAAAGGCCGAAACAGAUGGCAAAGACGUGCCCGAACACGCUGUGCUAAAAAUGAAAGGAAUAUACUCGUUGCCCGUGGAAGGUGAAUGUUUCAAUGAAGUGCUUUAUGUUGAGCUGCAGAAAGAAGGAGCCAUGAAACUGCUCGAUCAGUACAAGGAAGAGAGCAGAAGUUCCCUUCCACCCGAGAAGAAACUCAACCAGGGUGGAGUUCAGCCGAAGAGAGGGGGCAUCCGGGGACGAGGAGUUAAAAAUCUGUUCAGUCGUGGUGGUGGUGGUGGUGGUGGACGCGGUCAGAGGGGCGGAAGAGGAGGAUUUCAGAACAGGGGCAACUUCAGGGGGGUACCGGGACCUCGAGGUGGGUUCAGCAGGCCACCAAGAGGCUUUCUUCCUCCCCCUGCCUUCAGAGGAGGAUUUAACCGGGGCAGUUUUAACCGUGGUGGCGGGAUGGCCAACAGAGGUGGUCCCCCCAGACCAGGACCGGGUCGGGGAAACAUGGGUAACAUGGGCAGCAGAGGAGGAGGCAUGCACAGGGGCAACAUGGCCAGAGGGGGAGGAGCCAAUAGGGGCAACUUCAGCCAGAAGUUCAGGGGUCGAGGAGGAAAUAAUCGCGGUUUUAAAAAUGGGAAUUUUAACAUGAACAAAGCACAAGCAUUCAACCAGAGCUGGCAACAAGGGUUUUGGAAUCAGAAGCCAUGGAGUCAACAGUACCAUCCUGGAUAUUACUGACAAACUCUAGCUGUUAUGGACUGAGAUCAGAAUCGUCUGCUUUAACUUUAAACCAAGGGGAACAUCUUUUUUUCUUAAUGUUCUAUUGUGUUUUGUACAGAUUUGAGGACUUUCCACAUCUGAGUGGAAAUGACUCGGGGGCUUUGAGAAACUUCACAGAUACCUGUUGCUUUAUUUAUAUUUUUAGGUGUUUAUCUUUGGACAUACAAUAGGUCCAGAGUCCUAUGAUAUCAUAUUUAAAAUCAGGAUUCUAAAUAACUUCAGGAAGGGGUUUGUCUUUUAAAACCUCCAGGAUUCUGAAAUUUGCUUUUAAUAAGACUUUGCGUAGCUCUAUAAUAUAAGAAUACAAUUGUUGAGACAAUUUGCACGAUAUUUGUUUUGCUGCAAUCAUUUAUUCGUUCAAACAUUUUAAUCGUGCAAUGUAUGAAUUUGUAUGACACUGAAUUGGGGAAAAAAAACUUUGUAUAUUUAAGCCAUCUUUUGAAACUAUGUAUGAGGGCCCUUCUAAAUUAUUUGUGUAUAUGAAAUUUUCCAGUGUUGUAGUGGUAAACGUAUGUGUGUGUUGAAUUCAGUAAGGUCUUGAUCGAAAACCAGCUGUCAUCUGUACAUAAAUUAAGCAAGGUGCUAAACAGUCUGGGCCUUUAGGUUAAAAUUUGGCAAGUGUAAAAAUGAGAGAUGUUAAGUCUGUUACUGUGGUGUCUGUUUUAUGUGUACCAUUUUGUACAGUGCCGUCUAGUUUUAAUCAUCAGUUUCAGUCAGUAUAUAAGACCUUAAGCCAUCAGACAUAGUGAUUGCACAUUUAACAUUUAUUAAAUGUUACCAAUAGGCUGAUAAGAUGUAAAUGUCAUUAAACAGGAUUAAUAAAAGAUUUUGUCUCUCAUUUCUAAUUCCCCCAGCAGAGACAUAAGCGAUCAAUUCAACAUGUAGGAAGCAUUUCUUGUUCCUAAAAUAAUGUAGCCAUAGUAAUUUUGCUGUACAUAUUGUAGACAAUCUCAUAUCAGUAUACGUAGGAUAUUGUCUCCAGACUUCUGAUGCAAUGACAACAUUCUUGUUUUCAGUAAUUGUUGGUUUAAAACAUGACAUAUGUUGAGCACAUUUUAAGUAUUACUGUUUUAUAUCAGUAAAUUAUUAAUGGCAUGUCCUUUAAAAAAAUGUUGACUUUUAUUGAAACUCGUUUUGAUGUUGGAUUUAUUGUGUUUAAGGUAUUUGGUCAAGAAACCAAUAUAUUACUGAGAUAAUAACAAUUUUGUAACAAACCCAUUUUUCUUUGUUUUUAUACCUUACUAUCUUUUGUAUUUUACCUUUGAAAUGAUUAAUUCUAUUGCAAAUUGUUUUCCAACUAAGAAAAUAAAAAUUGAAGAUAAAGCA